CUCGCACCCGCCAUUUGCAGGGGAAGUGAUGGAACACCAACUGAGGGUCGGCGGUCACUCGGGGGAAAGUGAACAGCCGUCACUCAACAGAAGGCGACGGAGCAUCGACAACAACGCCGAUGAACACCCGCACAACCUCCAAAGCAUUAUGGAACGAUAUGAACUACCAUGUGCUCAAUACGCAAGUCGAGACGAUUCAUUUCCCUCGAAACUUGGAGACUUGUGCGAACUUUUAAGCUUUGCAAGGUCUACGAAGUAUAAUGUUGGCCAAGAAUCGGUAGGAAAUGGCCACAUUGCUGCUACGGUGACAAAUGAUAGUGUAACCCAAAAACAUGCAGAUUUACCAGCUAUCAAUCAUGAAAAUGAAAUAAAUAGUGUCCAGAGACUAUCCAAAAACAAGCAGCUGGAUGAAGAAUCAAAAAUUGUUACUUCUGAUGAAGUGAAAUUAGAAGAUCGCAGUGGAGGUGAAGACGAGGACAUAUUGCUUCAGACCAUUUCAUCCAGAAUGUUUGGGCACAAGCGAUCAAGGAAGACAUAUUCAGCACUGCUUUCUUUGUUCGACAUUCCAUUAUCAAGUUCAGUUACUUUUAAUAAAGGUAAGAUCGUCAUGAAAGAUGAUCCCGAAAUUAAAAUCACUCAGAACAUAGACAAUACUCAGAAAAGUAUCGGAACAGACGUUGAAGUUUUAGGAGUUCCUUUCGGCCUCGAAGCAUUUGUCGAGAAAGAAAUCGUCACUGCAUCUGAACAUCCAAAAACAUCACACAACGUGUCUUCCCAGAUGUCAGCACAACCACUCCAGCCACGAAGCAGUACGUCCUCGGCAGACAGGCAGUCUCUUCAAAAUCUGAAUAAAGACAACGAAACGUUAGAACGAAAGGUGAGAUCUGUGUUUUCACGCAUUAAAGGUCAUUUGACGAAUGAUCAUCGUGAAAAACAUUAUCAUGCCAAUUUAGGUUUUAUAGAAGUUGGCUUAGGGAAACAUGUAAAUCAAACCAAUACGUACCAAGAGUUUGGAACUGCAGAUGGACCUGAGUUAGGUGCAGUAAUGGGGAGCGAUGGAUCGGACUUGAAUCCUUACCCAUAUCCUGAUCCUAAACCCAAUGACCAACCAACAGUAGAUACAUUAUGUUUAACUUGUAAAGUGACACAAUUUUCAAAAGAUUCUUCCCAGAGGUCAUUAAACACACUCCAGCCACGAAGCAAUACAUCCUUGGCGGAAAGUAAUUUUCUUCAAAAUCUGACUAAAGACAACGAAACGUUAGAACGAAAGGUGAGAUCUGUUUUUUCACACAUUAAAGGUCAUUUGACGAAUAAUCAUCGUGAAAAACAUUAUCAUGCCAAUUUAGGUUUUAUAGAAGCUGGCUUAGGGAAAGAAGUAAACCACACCAAAACGUACCGGGAGUUUCAAACUGUACAUAUGCCUGAGGUAGAUGCACCAUUGAGGAGCGAUGAUGACUUGGACUUGGGUUAUCCUUCUCCAUAUCCGUAUGACCAGUAAUAUUCGUUAAGCAGGGUAAAAUUCAAGAAGUUUUUACAACAGUGGAACAAAAUAUAAAAGUGAUAAAGAAAAUAAAUGUUAAGGGAAAGAUAAAGUUUUAAAUGCAUUGUGUUUAACUUAGGUUUUAAUAACUAACAAAGAUGAAAUUAUAAAAAAAUAUCACAUUAAUCUGUUUUAAACACAUAAAAAAGGUUAAGUUUGUUGUGACACAUGCUAUUUAUUUUUGUAAUGUAGGUAAUAAUUGAAAAUAUAAAACUUGAAAACGAACUGCUGGCUUACCCUUUUUUUAAAGCUUUAUCCAAACUAUUUAUGUAUUGAAAAUUAAUCAAAAAGUUUUUAUUAAUAAUUUAUUAGACUAUUUUCCAUUUUUGUAGCUGUGGCAAUUUUUAGUAGAUUAAUUUAAAUCUGUUUCACUAAGAUCUUGAAAAAAUUACCAAGUUAAGUUUUUUUUUAGUUGCGCAUUAACUUAGUGCCUGGUUUAUUCACUAAAUAUGGAAGACUAACGUCAUAUACACUAAAUUGUGGUCAGAAGAACCUAUCAACUAAAUGGAGGUACAUUUCUCUCGUCUUUUACUGAUAUUUGGUCUAUUAAUGUUUCAGAUGUGGGGGGUAUUUCUUAUGGAUGGAUUAUUUAUUUGCCGGAACCCGUAAGUUUAUUUAAGUAUCACUAGGUAAUUUUCGUCAGAACUCCUACCGAGGUAACAUCAUCAUAUUUUUAUAGCAUGUAUCCUAAUUCGUUUUGAAGAGAUUGCAUUUUCUUAUAUUGUAUUUUGGGUGUUUUGUAUACGACCCCGGCAACAGCGAUUUUGUGUUUGUGCCAAACUUAUUCCCAUAACUGUUCAACUAUAAUAAGGUGUUUCUUCCCUGAUUGGUGUCUCGUGUGCCAGUUGUAGUUGGCAUACAACGUGACUCCACCUACAGUUUUACAGGAUAUUAUAUAUUUUUUUUUAAUAAGGCUGUAUCUCUCUACGUUUAAUAAUGUCAUUGGAAUUGCAGGACGCUAACAGCACGCUGUAAUAGCAAAUAAGUGCAUAUUGUUAUUGGUGUCAUACAUAAUAUCAUACUCAACAUUUAUGCGGCGCACAAGUGCUCUAACGGUUAAAUGAAAGAUGUCUCUAUACCUACCAUAGUUAAAAAUGGCAGUUUCCAGGGAGUGUUUGGUUUGCUAUUGUGAGCGGUUAAGCAGGUUAAAGGCCUAAGAUUAGAGGCAUACAUUCCCCACUCCAUCCUUAUUUCCUCUGAAAGAAAACUGCUAAGUUGAACACCCAAUGAAAGCCAAAAACUCUCGAAGGAGUUGAUUAAAAAACAUUUUUCGUAGUUGAUUGUUAAAUUAAAUAAGGUAUCAUGUUUUAAGGCCAAUAAUUGAGGCUUGGUGUUAAAAAUGUUACUAAUUCAGUUUUACAUUGUAUAUGAUUAUAAAGACUAAUUUUGUAUAAUUAUUUCGUUAAGCAUUAUAUAUUAAUUUAUGAUAAAACUAAUGCAUUUGUAAAAAUAAUAGUUUAUUUAAAUUUCAUUGUAUAAAACGUUUCUUGGAAAAUAAAUAUCCGUUAUUAA